AUGGAUCACUUUCCUUCGAACCACCAUCACCACAAUAUCCAUCAUGAAGAUUUUUCACAACAACAACUUGACAACAAUAACACGACAACAAUCACUGAAGAAGGGAAUGAGUUACUCGACUCGUGGAGUGAACUUCAAUUCGAGUGGAAUUCUCAUCCUGAAGAAUCUUCCAGUCACAAUAGCUGCACCACUUGUGAUGUUGGAGAUUCGGAACAUGUCGCCUCCAUUUUGACAUGUGGCACUACAUCAACCACAAGCACAACCUUCACUACGACAUGCAUCACAUCACCACCACCACUCUCCAAUGAUGAAUCACUUUCCACUUCAUCCAGCACCCUGUCAUUACUUCCCUCGCAGAAAUUUGCCAUUUCUUUUUACAAUUUUCUGAUUGAGAAUUUUCAUCGAUUGAAAAUGAUGAUUCUGAACAUUUUCUCCCAACAUGCUUCUUUCCAAAUUUCUCUUCCUCCUAACAUGCGUCACUAUUCUACCGAAGAAAAGGACACUAAUGAAGAGGAAGUGGUUCAUCAACAACCACAAUCUUUACCUCAAAAAAAGUAA